UUAGUUCUGAAGGUUUGUUAUUGUUAUUUGUUCCAGUGAAACUCAACCUUCGUCUUGGAAAUCGUUAAAUCUAAGAAAGAUGCUGGAGGCUGUAUUAGUCACAGUAUUAAUAUCAAUACUUUUAUUAUACUUCACUCAUCGUAAAAAGCGACUUCCAGGGCCAUGGAACCUCCCCCUUAUAGGCUACAUUCACAAACUAGAUUUAGCAGCCCCCUACUUGACUUUAACAAAACUUUCUCAAAAAUACGGACCUGUUUAUGGCCUUAAACUGGGAUCGAUGGACGUUGUAGUCGUAGCCAACGGCAAAAUAUUGAAAAAAAUUUUAGCCAGAAAUGAAACGUUCGAAAGACCAUCUAUAUACACGUUAAGAACCGUGUUCGCAGACAAAGGACUCGUUUACACGAAUAAUUUAACUUUAUGGAAAGACCAACGAAAAUUUGUAAAAAAAUUUUUUAAACUAUGGGGGGCCAACAAAGUUGCAUCAAAAAAGAAAACACUGGAAACGUUGAUAAAGAAACGUUUAGACGAAUUUAUGCAAGUCAUCACAACCCAGGGUGAUCAUUUCCCACUGGACCCUCACGAAUUUGUAACUCGUUACGUAACUAAUGUGUCUAGUACGUUACUACUUGGGAAACCAUUUGCUUCGGACGAUAAGAAUCUUCUCAUUCUCAAAGCAAAUCUGGAUAAAGUUGUGGAACUAGCAGGCCCCGGGGGGACUCCAUUAAAUUUCUUACCCUGUUUACGUUUUCUACCCAAGUUCAAUAAAUGUCUAAUUUCGUUGCAACAGGCCGUCGGUAAAGUUCGUGAAAUUCAGAAUCAACUCAUAACCGAAUGCGAAAAAUCCAUUACUGAUACCAACGCAGAUUCUCCAUCAAAUUUGAUCGAGAUGUUUCUUCUGCAAAUGUCUAAAGGCCCGAAAGACAUAUACAAUCUUGACCAGUUGCACUCUCUUUUAUUUGAUCUCCACAGUUCUGCUACCACAACUGUUACAACUUGGUUACUGUGGAUUCUACUACACUUGGCACAAUAUGAAACUGUGCAAAACAAAGUUCGACGAGAACUUCUUCAGGUCGUACGAGGUAAAACAAUCGAAAUGGACGACUUCGCCAACCUACAUUAUACUAAAGCAACUAUCGCCGAAGUGGCUAGAAUUAGAACUAUAGGACCACUAGGAUUUCCUCACUAUACUUCCGAGGACAUUUGCAUUGACGGUUUUCCCAUUAUGAAAGAUACAACGAUAAUCCCGUUAUUAUGGGCAAUUCAUAUGGAUCCUAAAGUGUGGAAAAACCCUGAAGAAUUUCGUCCCGAAAGAUUUUUGAACGACGAUGGAAAGUUUUAUAAACCGGAAACAUUUCUUCCUUUUCAAACUGGCAAACGAAUUUGUAUUGGUGAAGAAAUGGCCACAAUGAUGACAUCGAUGUUUGUCGCAACGGUUGUACGAAAUUUUAAAUUAGGAUGUGUGGAUUCGUCACCAUUAGAUUUUACAGGUGUUUGUGGUAUUAUGCUUAAUCCUAAACCACAACAAAUACUUUUUACGAGGUUAUAGGUACUUAAAACAUAAUGUAUACUAUUCAAUAAA